AUGAAUAUGUUGGACGAUGAAGAUGACCAAAGCUUUCACGCUACGCGUGACGGCUACUCCCAUUUGAGCAAUGUCGAAUGGGAUGCGGUUGAACGGAUGGGUUCAACUAUGGGUAUCCAUGCUGUUAGCGUCAUGCUAGAGGCUCUCAAUAAAGAUGCCCAACAUGCUACUAUCGCCAAGUUCAUUCAAAAUGAACUUGACGCUGAACGCGAGAAAGUAGCCUUGCUUCACCAACAAGGUUCUCAACAAGCAGAGUUGUUGAUAGAACAGGGUGUUCAACAUUUUGAACUGUUGAGACAGCAGCAGGCUGCUGCUGGUGGGUCGAUGCACUCGCGUCGACCCGAGAGUUUGAAGAUUGACAUCUCCAAGUAUAGGGGAGUCGAAGAGGACUCCCUCCUGAGAUGGUCCUUCGAAUUAGACGACGCCAUUAGGGCGCGUCGCAUCGACGAUGGGGAUAUGCAAGUUGCAUUUUCCCCAAUCAAAUCUGGCAGGACGUGCCAAGACUUGGGCUUUGGGACUCAAGUUGCACGACCCAUAUGCGUUUGGGUCGUUGGAAGUCUUCAAGUCGCGGCUCAGACAAACGUUUGA